AAAGAGAGAAAUGGGUAUGUUGAAGGUGAAGGUGGUGAGUUCAAGCUUAGUAAAACCAGAAGCAGAGACUGGAAACCAAAAAAGCAGCAUUUGGUUACCAACACUAGACCUUUUCCAAGUGAGAAAGCACUUGCCAACCAUUUACUUUUACCAGCCAAAUGGAGACCAUGGUUUCUUCUCACCGGAGACUCUCCGGCGAGCUCUAAGUAAAGCUCUUGUGCCUUUCUAUCCUCUCGCCGGAAGGCUUUGUUACUCCGGUGAGGGUGGUAGACUAGAGCUUAAGUGUUCUGGUGAUGGUGUUCUCUUUGUUCAAGCUGAGUCUGGCCUUGCCAUGGAUGAGCUUGGUGGCUUUGGCCCUUCGCCGGAGAAGAGGAAGCUUCUCAUCCCCACCGUUAUAUCCGCCGCCGGCGACGGUGACGUCACUGAUAUCCCUUUAGUUCUUCUUCAGGUUACGACGUUCAAAUGCGGCGGCGUUUGCCUCGGCGUCGGCAUCCACCACACCGUCUCCGACGGAGCUUCCUCCCUUCACUUCAUCAACACAUGGUCGGACAUCGCCCGCGGACUCGACAUUGCUAUUCCGCCUUUACUCGACCGCAGCCUUGUCCGUGCUCGAUCACCUCCAUCGGUAGAAUUCGACCACCCGGAGUUCAAGCCUAAUCCCCCGCCCUCACCCAACACCGUCGAAAAACCAGUCACCGUUGCCGUUCUUGAACUGUCGAGCUCCAACCUCAACAAGAUAAAAUCUUACUGCAACAUGAAACUCAAAUACACUACCUACGAAAUCGUCGCCGCGCAUGUUUGGCAUUGUGCUUGCAAAGCUAGAUGUCUUGCCACCAAUGCAACAACAAGAGCAUUCAUCACCGUCGAUGGAAGAACACGUCUGCGGCCCCCUCUUCCGCCUGGUUACAUCGGAAAUGUGAUUUUUCCAGCUGUUGUUACCGCCAUCUCCGGCGAAGUUGUAUCAGAAAAUUUAGAGGCAGUUGCAGCAAGGUUUCAUAAUACUAUAAGCAGACUUGACGACAAGCAUCUUCGAUCAGCUAUUGAUUGGUUGGAGUUGCAAGAAGACGUGACAAAGAUCGGAAGGUGGGUUGGAGAGUUUCCGAGGACCGAUUUGUCUAUAACGAGCUGGACAAGGUUACCAUUAUACGGUGCGGACUUUGGUUGGGGGCCGCCGGUGUACAUGGGUCCGGCAAUGCUGUUAUAUGCAGGGUUGUGUUAUAUAAUGCCACCUGCAAACAAGGCGGAUGGCAUUAUGGUUGCAGUGUCUUUGGAGGAGGAAUACAUGGAGGACUUCAAGAAGUUGUUCUUUGACUUCUAAGAGUCAAUGACCUUGUUGUCUUCGACUUUGAGUUUGUGCAUUUGAUGUGAGGAUUUUGUGUGAUCCGUUGCAUUUCACAUUUUCAAUAAAUGUGUAUUUCCUAUUUGUUCUAUUUCAAUGAAAUGAUAUGCAAUUUGUAACA